AGUGCUUUUCUAUUGGCUCGUUUGAAUGUAACAGCCACGCAGUCCACGACAUUUAAAUGUUUUAAGAGUUGAGUGUUCCUGUUUAUGUCGUUGAAUUGGUCAGUACUUUGUCCUCACGUUGGUGUCAGGCUGCGAUUUCUUUGUCUUGUGAAAGAUAAAAAAAGCCAUUAUGGGAUCAAAUGAGAGUAAGACGACCGUGCCAGCUGAGAAGAAACCAGAGCCAGCCUUCAAAAAAACCCACACCAGCCAUCUGGUUGAUCCUCGCUCUCCCUCAGUUGGCAUAGAUCGAACCCCCAUUCAGAUUGGAGAUCAGGAGUCUAAAGUUUUUAAACUAAAAGGUGAUUGUCCCCUGGCCAUAACGGAUCCUCGCUCACCUACAGUUGGCAUAACCCGGACGCCUAUCAGAGACGUUAUGAGAGCAACAGUUGGGUCUUUAGCUCGCCGCCUGGGUAUACUGUUCCACAAUGAGACUCAAGGCAAAGCUGCAGAAGGCCCUCAGAAACACUUCACAGAUUCUGUUGAGGAGGUCCUCGAGGGUGAAGAACUGGCUUCCACCGUGCCACUGCUCAGUCAUCACUCGAGCCAAAACUUUGGCUCGUUAGCUGAACAUGGCAAUCUUCUUGUCACCCCUGUUCAUCCAUCUCUGCAGAGUAUGAGUGACUCGAGUCCCUUUGUGCUUCUGGAGCAUCCUCAGGUCGAAGUGGAGAUAGAAACUGAGGCGGAUAUCACCUUUGAGGAGGCCGAAGAAGCAAGAGCCUCUCCUCUUCACAACAGACUCAGCAUGAGCCUGAUAACAUGCCACGAAGGGUCAACUUCAGCUCAGAUCUACGCUGAUGUGCAUCACGAAGCAAACUCCUUCACUGGACCUAGUGUUGAAGUGGAGGCUCUCGGGGAUGGUGCUGAUCAUUCCUAUGCCCUCCCUUCUGUCUCAGUUCAACCAGAAUCCUCUGAGCCCCCAGCUUCCUCUGAUGUGGACCCAUCUGCACAGCUGAAGAAUGAAGAGAACCCUCCAUCUUGUGAGGGGCCUAAUGAGCCCAGUGGGGAGUUGCCUUCUGUGUUAAAUAAUCAACCAACUCCUUCCAAAGCAAAGCAGCCACCGGUCGGUACUGGAAUCCGUUGUCCCACCUUUGACACAAAGAGUCCCAGCCAGUUGGAAUUCAAGCCGCAGUGGUUAGGUAAAGGCUUUGGUGCCACUGGAUUAAGAGCCAGGGGUGUGCAGGGGCAAAAUGGCAGAGGAGGCUCCUCCCCUCUUGCCGUUCGCAUCGCAGUGAAGAACAUCGCUAAUGAAAACAAAGGAAAGACUGGAAAACUGAAGCAAAAAGAUGUUGAGGGCCGCUCCCCGCUGCAGAUCCUGAAGGAUAACAACUCUCCCCGAGAUCAGCGCUUCCAGGUGAAGGUAAAGGUGUCUGCCCAAGACAAACCGAAGCUUGGACAGCUGGACCGAAGAGUGCUGGCAGUAGCGCUGGAUAAGGAGAACAGAUGAGAUGCUGCAGAAAUAUUGUCUCCUUUCUUAUGUCCUGACAUUUUUAUGUGUUCUAUUUCCAACCUUUUUUGUGUUUUAUACAUGGAUUUUAUCAUUAGCUGCAUUUUCUAUCCUCUGCUUUGUGUAAAUUGAAAUGGUAUUUACCCUUUUAUACCUGUCUUUGAGCUGAAAUUUUUGCUUUACUAAAUGCUUUUUUAUUUUUUAUUUUUUUUGUAAAUACAUUUUUCCCAAUUUGUAUGUCAGAAAUUUUCACCCUAAUUUUUGUGCCAACAGAAUAAAAGUUUGACACUGCCAUA